UCGUCUUUGUGUUUUGAUUCGUUAUCCCAAGAAUUAAAAAAUUACAGUUUACCUAGUUGGUGUUUUGUGAUACUGAUAAUUCAUUUUGUGGUGUUGUGACAAUGGAAAAUGUAAAAAAAUAUUUACAAGCAUGGAGUUUGUCCCAUCUCAUUGCUAAAUUUGAAGAAGAAGCGAUAGAUGAUGAUACAUUCUCAAAAAUUAACACAGAUUCACAAGAUUUCAAAGAACUGAUUGCAAAGUAUGGGGACAGAAUUAAAUUUAAAGAAGGUUUUAGACAGUUGUACAAUAGAAUUGACGAAGAAAAUGUAAUAACAGAUAAUAACUGCUUAGAAACAAUAGUAGUUAAGACAAAUGAUGCUCCUAGUGAUACUUCAGUUUACAAAGAGACACAAGAACCCAUUCCCAGCACUAGUAAAGGCACGUGCUCUACAGUUUAUAGAGUGGAUGAUAAUUUACCUUUAGAUAUUGUACCGGUACCGUAUAAACGGUGUGAUUCGUUUUUGGAAAAACUUCCAAAUCUGGAAGUGACAUACGAGCUUGAUUUGAAAAAAUUUUUGCAAAAUUCUAUAAAAGGUCGUAAUAUAUUGGCCCAGAAAAACCAUUUAACACCGCAAUUAAGAGAUGAUCUCGUUGCAUUAUUAAACGAUCACGAUUUACUACAAGACAUUAAUUCCUAUAUUCCGACCAGAAGACUUUUACAAUUAGCCCGCCUCAUAAAGCAAGAAUUCCCGAACGAAGAUAUUUCCACAUACUAUAUACCGUAUGUUAGACAAAACAAAAAAACUGUCCAGUGUAUGAGGGGUAAAUUAGUUGAUCGUUACCAUAAUCAAAGAAAGAAGUUGAAAAAAUCUGGCGUUCUCACCACUGCGUGUCCAUCAUCAAGCCUUGAAGUUCAUGAAACUGUAGAAAUAGCGAGUAGUCAAGAUUACGAGGAUGACGUGGAAGACUUUUGUUGUUGGUUAAGGUAUAAUACAGAACCUUGGCCAGAAGUUUUGGCUAAAUGGAAGGCCACUACAUGUGUAAGAAUUCCCCGCUAUAACCAGAAUACAACCACAACUAUCCAAGAAUAUUUUCAAGAAUAUAAAAUUUUAGAAAAGUCCUUAGGUUAUCAAUUAGUAACUGGAAAUUGA